AUGCCCCUGUGCCACUGUGCAGUGAAGCACAGCGAGUCAGACAUGGAGGGGUGCCGUUCUCCACCAGACAGAGGACUGAAGGUGAAUCUUUACCGGAAGGGUUGGGAGGAAGAGGAAAAGUAUCGGAUGUACAUUAAUGGGAAGAUGUCCGCGGAAGAGAUCUGCAUCAAUAUCGCGCAGAAGAUCGGGAUCACCCCCAUCUGCUACAGUCUGUUUGCCCUCUACAAUCCCCAAGCCAAGCUGUGGUACCCUCCCAACCACGUUUUUGACCUCAGCAAUGGAAUGAAGUUGACCCUGCAUUUCCGCAUGAGGUACUAUUUCCGGAACUGGCACAGAAUGAACGAUCAGGAGCCCGCUGUCUGUCGCAGCGUCCCUCGCCUGAGCGACCCGGAAGACAGGUCGCAGAGCUCCCUGCUGGAUAAAUCGUCCUUUGAGUAUCUCUUUGAGCAGGGGAAAUACGACUUUAUCAACGAUGUGGCCUCUCUGAAAGACCUUCACACCGAGCAGGAGAUCCACCAGUUCAAGAAUGAGAGCCUAGGGAUGGCCGUCCUCAAUCUCUGUCACAUGGCCCUCAGGAGUGGCGCCUCCCUGGGAGAUGUGGCCGAGAGGAUCAGCUUCAAAGAGUGCAUCCCCCGCUCCUUCUGCCGGCAGAUCCAGCAGAACAACUACCUGACCAGGUUCCGCAUGAGGAACAUCUUCAAGAAGUUCCUGCAGCGCUUCCAGCAGCACACAAUGAACGCCGGCAAGCUGACCGAGCAGGACAUCAUGUGCAAGUAUCUGGUGACACUGGAGAACUUGGCCCCUCGGUUCGGGAGCGAGGUGUUUCCCGUGGUCUCGCUGGAAACGAUUUCAGAAGGCGAGAAGCUGCCGCUCUACAUCAACGGUGGGCACGGCCCCCCAGAGGACUCUCGUGGCCCCCCCAGCGGUGACAGGCCUGCCACCCACGAGGUCAGGAUCACGGGCACCGAGGGCAUUCAGUGGCGGCUCCUCCCUGCCGAGAGAGCAGAAGGCCUUCUGCACAGGGGCUAUUUGGGGAGGAAGAACAAGACCAAGGACCACAAAAGCAACUGGCCCUACCAGCCGGUGGAAAAAUGUGAAACCAAGUGGGCGCGCUUCUGUGACUUCCAGGAGAUCACACACAUCGUCAUCAAGGACUGCAAAGUCAGCAUCCACCGUCAAGACAAUAAGUGCUUGGAACUGACGCUCCAGUCCCACGAGGCCGCUCUCUCCUUGGUGUCCCUGAUAGACGGUUACUUCCGAUUGACGGCGGAUUCUAGUCACUACCUGUGCCACGAGGUCGCUCCGCCACGGCUGGUGAUGAGCAUCCUGAACGGCAUCCACGGCCCCAUGCAGGAGGAGUUCAUCUUGGCUAAACUGAAGCGGGAGGAGCAGGAGGACGGGCUGUACGCCCUUCGUUGGAGCGUCCUUGAUUUCGACAGAAUUAUCUUGUCCGUGGUGAGGAGAGGCCAGAGCGGCCGGAUACAGGAUGCCACAAGCUACAGACAGUUCCGGAUCCAGAGGAAAGGGAAUUCCUCCUUUGUGCUGGAAGGCUGGGAGCAGGAGUUUUCCAGCGUCCAGGAACUGAUGAACGCUCUCAAAGGCUGCACUUUGAGAUCCGGAAAAGAGACCUUCGUUUUGAAGAAGUGUUGUCUCCCAAAGCCAGGAGAAAUUUCGGACUUGCUCAUCACCCGGAAAGUGAAAGAUAGUACCCGGCAGAUCCUGAACUUAACCCAGCUUAGCUUCCACCAGAUCCGAAAGAAUGAGAUCACCCAGAGAGCCCACUUGGGGCAAGGGACACGCACCAACAUCUACGAGGGGGUGCUGUGUGUGUGUGGCGGGACCGGUGGCGAGGACGAGGCGGACUACUUCUCCACGGAGCAGAACAACAACAGCCGCGAGAUGCGGGUCGUGCUCAAGAUGCUGGAUCCCAGCCACAGAGACAUCGCCCUGGCCUUCUUCGAGACCGCGAGUCUGAUGAGCCAGGUCUCCCACAUCCACUUGGCCUUUGUGCACGGAGUUUGCGUACGGGGCUCAGAGAAUAUCAUGGUGGAAGAGUUCAUUGAGCACGGCCCCUUGGACGUCUUUUUGCGGAAGAACAAAGGGCGGAUCACGGUGGGCUGGAAGUUCACGGUUGCCGCACAGUUAGCGAGCGCUUUGAGUUACUUGGAAGACAAAAACCUGGUGCAUGGGAACGUCUGUGCCAAGAACAUCCUGUUGGCUAGGAAAGGCUUGGAAGACGGUUUGAUGCCUUUCAUUAAGCUCAGCGACCCAGGAGUCAGCUUCACUGUUCUCUCCCGAGAAGAGCGAGUCGACAGGAUCCCGUGGAUCGCUCCGGAGUGUGUCAAAGACAUCAGCAGCCUCAGCACGGCAGCCGACAAGUGGAGCUUCGGGACCACGCUGCUGGAGAUAUGCUUUGACGCUGUCGUGCCCCUCAAAGAACGCACGCCCUCCGAGAAAGAGCGCUUCUACGAAAAGAAACACCGCCUCCCGGAGCCGUCUUUCAAAGAGCUGGCAACCUUGAUCAGCCAGUGCCUCAACUAUGCCCCUGGGGAGCGGCCGUCCUUCCGGACCAUCCUGAGAGACCUGACCCAGCUGCAGCCAAACAACCUCCUCGACAUCACCUCCGUCAACCCCGAUUGUCCUGUGUCGGACCCUACCGUCUUUCAGAAGCGGUACUUGAAGAAGAUCCGAGAUCUGGGAGAGGGUCACUUCGGCAAAGUGAGCCUGUACUGCUACGAUCCCACCAACGACGGCACGGGCGAGAUGGUGGCCGUGAAGUCCCUGAAGUCGGGCUUCAGCCAGCAGCUCUUGACCAGCUGGAAGAAAGAAAUUGAGAUCCUGAAGACGCUCUACCACGAGAACAUCGUCAAAUACAAGGGCUGCUGCAGCGAGCAAGGGGAUAGGGUUGUGCAGCUCAUCAUGGAGUACGUCCCGUUGGGGAGCCUGAGGGAUUACCUCCCAAAGCACCACGUUGGCCUGGCUCACAUCCUCCUCUUCGCCCAGCAGAUCUGUGAGGGGAUGGCUUAUCUCCACUCCCUCCGCUACAUCCACCGGGAUUUGGCAGCCAGGAAUGUUCUCCUGGAGAACGAGAACGUGGUUAAGAUCGGAGACUUCGGCCUUGCCAAAGCUAUCCCAGAAGGGCACGAGUACUACCGUGUUUGUGAAGAUGGAGACAGCCCCGUCUUUUGGUAUGCUGUGGAGUGCCUGAAGGACUGUAAAUUUUACUAUGCCUCCGACGUCUGGUCCUUUGGCGUGACGUUAUACGAGCUCUUGACAUACUGCGAUUCUAGUCAAAGUCCCCCAGCGAAAUUCAUUGAGAUGAUCGGAGUCACUCAGGGGCAGAUGACGGUGCUGAGGCUGAUAGAGCUGCUGGACAGAGGGAGGCGGCUGCCCAGCCCCAAGGACUGUCCUUGUGAGAUCUACCGCCUGAUGAAAAAUUGUUGGGAAUCCGAAGCUUCCUUCCGUCCGGCCUUCUCCAACCUCGUGCCCAUCCUCAAGGCCUUCCACGAGAAGUACCGGGCCCAGGCCCCCUCGGUCUUCAGCGUCUGUUGAGUGGGA